AUGUCCAUAAAUAUGACAGCACCUCCUCAACAACAAUUAACAGCGAUUGAUCAUCAUUAUUUCGACUGGUCAAAACCACAAACAAAUCAUGUUUACCCAUCCAUGUCAUACACACCUCGACGGCAAUAUUAUGACGAGAAACGUUCAUUUGAAGACAAUCAAUCGAUAAAUUCUUCGACUGAUCAUCUUCAUAAGAAACAAAAACUCAACGAAACUGAAUCGAUAUCAUUAAAUUCCAACGAUAAAUGUUACCCAUUUCAAGCUGAAUUAACUCAAAAGAUCGAUAUCGAAUGUGCCAACAACAACAACCUAUCCGGUCCAACAAAUCAUCCUCCGACUCAUCACUUUACAUUAAGUACUGUUAUCAAUGUAAGUGUCAAUGGGCAGCCACAGAAAGUUUCGCCAUCAUCUUCUCAACAACCAUAUCCACUUAAAUCUGCAGAUUUAUCAACGUUGAUACCAUAUUCUGAUGUAAAUUUGUCAUUGUAUUUGAAAGAUAUCGAUUUAUCCACGCUUGAUAUGUUCAUUUUACCUACAUGUCCAAAUCCUCAAGAUUAUUUAACUGUUGAUGGUCUGUUAACUUUUCUAAUGUCAGAUAAAACUCUUUCGAAUCAAUUCAAAUCUCCUAUGCAACAACUUUCUAACUAUUCUCGAGCUCAAUCGUAUCAACAUCAACAUUCGUUCCCGCAAUACCAACCGUAUAAUCCUCUGUAUGAAAAUUCCAAUUCGUCGAUAUUAACAACUGAACCAGGAACGUGUUCAUAUUAUCGGCAAACAUCUUUUCCGCAAAGACAUUACUCUCCUUUCAGAUAA